UGCACACAACAUUCUAACACUCUCUUAAUCUCAAUCUCAAUCCUUACUCGCAAUGGCCGAAACACGAAUCAUCCCAACCAAGAGGCGCUCCGCCGCACACGACGGCGGAGACGGAAGCGACUACGGGAGCGGAACCGUGGCCAACAAGAAAUCAAUGCUGCUCCCGACGACGUGGGACCAAGACCCAGCGGCGGCACUAGCCGGUGCGCGCCACGAGUUCGGCGAGCACGGCGGGGUGAACAUGUCGAUCGAGGCUUCGGCGACGUUCACGGUGAUGGAGCCGGAGACGAUGCGGCGGAUGUUCGCCGGAGAAUUGGGGGCGGACAGAGACUUCUUCAUCUACAGCCGCCACUUCAAUCCGACGGUGCUCAAUCUCGGACGGCAGAUGGCGGCGAUGGAGGGCACCGAAGCCGCGUACUGCACCUCCAGUGGCAUGGCCGCCAUAUCCUCGGUUCUGAUGCAGCUAGUCAGUAGCGGCCAAAACGUCGUCGCUUCGAGGACACUGUACGGUGGGACCCACGCCCUCCUGACCCACUUCCUUCCCCGAGUGUGUAACAUAACCACCACGUUUGUCGACGUGAGUGACGUGGACAGCGUGAGGGAGGCGAUCGUGGAGGGCAAGACCAAAGUGCUUUACUUCGAGAGCGUUUCGAACCCCACUCUCGCCGUCGCUAACAUCCCCGAGCUCAGUCGUGUGGCACACGCGAAGGGUGUGACGGUGGUCGUCGAUAAUACUUUCUCGCCGAUGGUUCUGUCGCCGGCUCGGCUCGGAGCCGAUGUUGUCGUUCAUAGCAUUUCUAAGUUCAUCAGUGGUGGGGCCGACAUUAUUGCAGGAGCUGUGUGUGGGCCAGAAAAGUUGGUAAACUCGAUGAUGGACCUUCACCAAGGAAGUCUAAUGCUUCUAGGCCCAACAAUGAAUGCCAAGGUUGCCUUCGAACUCUCAGAGCGAAUCCCCCACCUGAGCCUGAGAAUGAAAGAACACUGCAAAAGGGCCUUGGAAUUCGCCACAAGAAUGAAGAAAAUGGGGCUGAAAGUGAUCUACCCAGGCCUAGAAGACCACCCUCACCACGAGCUCCUCAAGUCCAUGGCCAACAAGGACUAUGGCUACGGUGGUCUUCUGUGUCUGGACAUGGUGACGGAGGAGAGAGCCAAUGAUCUAAUGGACGUGUUGCAGAACCAUUCCCAGUUUGGCUACAUGGCUGUGAGUUUGGGCUACUACGAAACCCUAAUGUCCUGCUCCGGUAGCAGCACCAGCAGUGAGCUCAACAGUGAGGAGAAAGCCCUCGCCGGAAUCUCACCUGGGCUGAUCAGAAUGUCAGUUGGGUACGUUGGGACUUUGGACCAAAAAUGGAGCCAGUUUGAGAAUGCCAUUUCUAGAUUUCAGGAUUCUGGUUUGUUCAAAUGAAAAAAAAAAUAAUGAAUGUGAUUAUUUGUGAUGAUCGUUUGUGUGAUUUGUCUGUGUUUGAUUAUGAGUUGUUUAAUUCGUUCGAACUCUUAUUAUCAAUAACAGUCUUUGUCCCAA